AUGGGUAAGACUUUAAACGACUUCAUCAAGCUGUCGGGAUUUCAGCUGCCCUCCUCCAUAGUGAGCUCCGGGUCUGUCCUCACUCUGUGGUUCACCACCGACUUCGCAGUGAGCGCCCAGGGCUUCAAGGCACUGUAUGAAGUUCUACCAAGCCACACAUGUGGACAUCCUGGGGAAAUACUGAAAGGUGUUCUCCACGGGACGAGGUUCAACAUAGGAGAUAAGAUCCGAUACAGCUGCCUCUCUGGCUACAUCUUGGAAGGUCACGCGAUCCUGACCUGCAUCGUCAGCCCCGGGAAUGGUGCCUCCUGGGACUUCCCGGCUCCUUUCUGCAGAGCGGAGGGAGCCUGCGGCGGCACGCUGAGGGGCACCAGCAGCUCCAUCUCCAGCCCCCACUUCCCCUCCGAGUACGGCAACAACGCCGACUGCACCUGGACCAUCCUGGCCGAGCCGGGGGACACCAUCGCGCUGGUCUUCACCGACUUCCAGCUGGAGGAGGGGUACGACUUCCUGGAGAUCAGCGGGACCGAAGCGCCGUCCGUCUGGCUCACGGGCAUGAACCUUCCCUCUCCUGUCAUCAGUAGCAAGAACUGGCUGCGGCUGCAUUUUACAUCCGAUAGCAAUCAUCGGCGCAAGGGCUUCAAUGCUCAGUUUCAAGUGAAAAAAGCAAUUGAAUUGAAGUCAAGAGGAGUCAAGAUGCUACCCAGCAAGGACAGCAGCCAUAAAAACUCUGUGUUGAGCCAAGGAGGCGUUGCCCUGGUCUCCGACAUGUGUCCAGAUCCCGGGAUUCCAGAAAACGGCAGGAGAGCCGGCUCUGACUUCAGGGUUGGUGCAAACGUGCAGUUCUCCUGUGAGGACAAUUAUGUGCUCCAGGGAUCCAAAGGCAUCACCUGCCAGAGGGUCACAGAGACAUUGGCGGCGUGGAGCGACCACCGGCCCAUCUGCAGAGCCAGGACCUGUGGAUCGAAUCUGCGUGGGCCCAGUGGCGUCAUCACCUCCCCGAACUACCCGGUUCAGUACGAAGACAACGCACACUGUGUGUGGGUGAUCACCACGGCUGACCCCGACAAGGUCAUCAAGCUCGCCUUUGAAGAGUUUGAGUUGGAAAGAGGGUACGACACCCUGACAGUAGGGGACGCCGGGAAGGUGGGGGACACCAGAUCCGUCUUGUAUGUGCUCACGGGCUCCAGCGUUCCCGACCUCAUCGUGAGCAUGAGCAACCAGAUGUGGCUCCACCUGCAGUCUGACGACAGCAUCGGCUCCCCUGGAUUCAAAGCCAUUUACCAAGAAAUUGAAAAGGGCGGCUGUGGCGACCCUGGCAUCCCCGCCUACGGGAAGCGGGUGGGCAGCAGCUUUCUGCACGGAGACACGCUCACCUUUGAAUGCCAGGCGGCCUUCGAGCUGGUGGGCGAGAGGGUCAUCACCUGCCAGCAGAACAACCAGUGGUCAGGCAACAAGCCCAGCUGCGUGUUUUCUUGUUUCUUCAACUUCACGGCAUCAUCCGGGAUCAUCCUUUCCCCAAAUUACCCAGAGGAAUACGGCAACAACAUGAACUGCGUUUGGCUGAUUAUAUCCGAGCCGGGAAGCAGAAUUCACCUCAUCUUCAAUGACUUUGACGUGGAGCCUCAGUUUGACUUUCUGGCAGUCAAAGAUGAUGGGAUUUCUGAUAUAACUGUCCUUGGUACUUUCUCUGGCAAUGAGGUGCCCGCUCAGCUGGCCAGCAGUGGGCACAUAGUGCGCCUGGAAUUCCAGUCGGACCACUCCACCACCGGCAGAGGGUUCAACAUCACGUACACCACCUUCGGUCAGAAUGAGUGCCAUGACCCCGGCAUCCCUGUCAAUGGCAGGCGUUUUGGCGACAGGUUUCUGCUCGGGAGCUCCGUUUCCUUCCACUGUGACGAUGGCUUUGUCAAGACGCAGGGCUCCGAGUCCAUCACCUGCGUCCUGCAGGACGGGAACGUGGUCUGGAGUGCCACCGUCCCUCGCUGUGAAGCCCCGUGCGGUGGACAUCUGACAGCCUCAAGUGGGGUCAUUUUGCCUCCUGGAUGGCCAGGAUAUUAUAAAGACUCUUUGAAUUGUGAAUGGAUCAUUGAAGCAAAACCAGGACAUUCUAUCAAAAUAACUUUUGACAGGUUCCAGACGGAAGUCAAUUACGACACUCUGGAAGUCAGGGACGGGCCCACCAGCUCUUCCCCACUGAUUGGAGAAUACCACGGCACCCAGGCCCCCCAGUUCCUCGUGAGCACGGGGAGCUUCCUGUACCUGCUCUUCACCACCGACAGCAGCCGCUCCAGCGUGGGCUUCCUCAUCCACUACGAGAGUGUGACCCUCGAGACGGACUCCUGCCUGGACCCAGGCAUCCCUGUGAAUGGCCGACGGCAUGGCAGGGACUUUGGCAUCCGGUCCACUGUGACCUUCAGCUGUGACCCAGGGUACACCCUGAGCGACGAGGAGCCCCUGGUCUGCGAGCAGAACCAUCAGUGGAACCAUGCCUUGCCCAGCUGCGAUGCACUAUGUGGAGGCUACAUCCACGGGAAGAGUGGGACGGUCCUCUCUCCGGGGUUUCCAGAUUUUUAUCCUAACUCCUUGAACUGCACGUGGACCAUCGAAGUCUCUCACGGCAAGGGGGUCCAGUUGACCUUUCACACCUUCCACCUGGAGAGUUCCCACGACUACUUGCUUAUCACAGAGGACGGGAGUUUCUUGGAGCCAGUGGCCCGGCUCACGGGGUCGGUGCUGCCUCACACCAUCAAGGCCGGCCUGUUUGGGAACUUCACCGCCCAGCUUCGCUUCAUAUCCGACUUCUCUAUUUCCUACGAGGGCUUCAACAUCACAUUUUCAGAGUAUGACCUGGAGCCGUGUGACGACCCUGGAGUCCCUGCCUUCAGCCGCAGAAUCGGGUUCCACUUUGGCGUGGGGGACUCGCUGACCUUCUCCUGCUUCCCGGGAUACCGCUUAGAAGGUGCCACCAAGCUUGCCUGCCUGGGUGGGGGCCGCCGUGUGUGGAGUGCACCUCUGCCAAGGUGUGUGGCUGAAUGUGGAGCAAGUGUGAAAGGAAAUGAAGGAACAUUACUGUCUCCAAAUUUCCCAUCCAAUUAUGAUAAUAACCAUGAGUGUAUCUAUAAAAUAGAGACGGAAGCUGGCAGGGGGAUCCGCCUCAGAGCGCGGAGCUUCCAGCUGUUGGAAGGAGAUACGCUAAAGGUUUAUGACGGAAGAGACAGCUCGUCUCGAGCCCUGGGAGCCUUCACCAAGAAGGAGCUGAUGGGGCUGACCCUCAACAGCACCUCCAAUCACCUGUGGCUGGAGUUCAACAGCAACGGGUCAGACACCGACCAAGGAUUCCAACUCACCUACUCCAGUUUUGACCUAGUGAAGUGUGAGGACCCGGGCAUCCCUAACUAUGGCUACAGGAUCCGGGAUGAAGGCCACUUCACGGACACCGUGGUCCUGUUCAGCUGCAACCCAGGCUAUGCCAUGCAUGGCAGCAGCACCCUGACCUGCCUGAGUGGGGACCGCAGGGUGUGGGACAGACCAGUGCCUUCCUGCGUAGCUGAGUGUGGAGGUCGGAUCCCCGCUGCCACGUCAGGACGGAUACUGUCCCCCGGCUACCCAGCACCUUAUGACAAUAACCUGCACUGCACCUGGGUCAUAGAGGCCGACCCCGGGAGGACCAUCAGCCUCCACUUCAUCGUGUUCGACACGGAGCUGGCACACGACAUCCUCAAGGUGUGGGACGGCCCGCUGGACAGCAGCAUCCUCCUGAAGGAGUGGAGCGGCUCAGCGCUGCCCGAGGACAUCCACAGCACCUUCAACUCGCUCACGCUGCAGUUCGACAGCGACUUCUUCAUCAGCAAGUCGGGCUUCUCCAUCCAGUUCUCAACAUCCGUGGCAUCCACCUGCAAUGACCCAGGGAUGCCACAGAAUGGGACCCGGUACGGGGACAGCCGGGAGCCUGGAGACACCAUCACAUACCAGUGUGACCCUGGGUAUCAGCUUCAAGGACAAGAUAAAAUCACCUGUGUGCAGCUCAACAACCGCUUCUUCUGGCAACCAGACCCGCCUACAUGCAUAGCGGCAUGUGGUGGCAAUCUGACGGGCCCUGCAGGAGUCAUCCUGUCCCCUAACUACCCUCAGCCAUACCCUCCCGGGAAGGAGUGUGACUGGCGAGUGAAGGUGAACCCGGACUUCGUCAUCGCCUUGAUAUUCAAAAGUUUCAACAUGGAGCCCAGCUACGACUUCCUGCAUGUCUACGAAGGUGAGGACUCCAACAGUCCUCUCAUCGGAAGCUUCCAGGGCUCUCAAGCCCCGGACAGGAUCGAGAGCAGUGGGAACAGCCUUUUCCUGGCAUUUCGGAGCGAUGCUUCUGUGGGCUUGUCCGGGUUUGCCAUUGAAUUCAAAGAGAAGCCCCGGGAAGCUUGUUUUGACCCUGGGAACAUAAUGAAUGGAACGAGACUAGGAACGGACUUCAAACUGGGCUCCACCGUCACCUACCAGUGCGACUCUGGGUACAAGAUCAUGGACCCCUCGUCCAUCACGUGUGUGAUCGGGGCCGACGGAAAGCCCUCCUGGGACCGCGUGCUACCCUCCUGCAAUGCUCCAUGCGGAGGCCAGUACACGGGAUCCGAAGGGGUGGUCCUGUCACCAAACUACCCGCAUAACUACACAGCUGGCCAAAUAUGCCUCUACUCCAUAACCGUGCCCAAGGAAUUUGUGGUGUUCGGGCAGUUUGCGUACUUCCAGACAGCGCUGAACGACUUGGCAGAACUGUUUGAUGGAACCCACCCCCAGGCCAGACUUCUCAGUUCACUCUCGGGCUCUCAUUCAGGUGAAACGCUGCCUUUGGCUACAUCCAAUCAAAUCCUGCUUCGAUUCAGCGCCAAGAGUGGGGCAGCCGCCAGGGGCUUCCACUUUGUUUAUCAAGCUGUCCCUCGCACCAGUGACACCCAGUGCAGCUCUGUCCCCGAGCCCAGAUAUGGGAGAAGAAUCGGCUCUGAAUUCUCCGCAGGCUCCAUUGUUCGAUUUGAGUGUAACCCAGGGUACCUGCUGCAGGGUUCCACGGCCAUCCGCUGCCAGUCUGUGCCCAACGCACUUGCUCAGUGGAACGACACCGUGCCCAGCUGUGUAGUUCCCUGCAGUGGCAAUUUCACUCAACGGAGAGGGACAAUUCUGUCCCCCGGCUACCCUGAGCCCUAUGGCAACAACCUGAACUGUGUGUGGAAGAUCACUGUGACAGAGGGGUCCGGAAUCCAGAUUCAAGUGAUCAGCUUUGCCACAGAGCAGAACUGGGACUCCCUUGAGAUCCAUGACGGUGGGGACAUGACUGCACCGCGGCUGGGGAGCUUCUCAGGUACCACGGUGCCUGCGCUGCUCAACAGCACGUCCAACCAGCUCUACCUGCGCUUCCAGUCCGAUAUCAGCGUGGCCGCCGCCGGCUUUCACCUGGAGUACAAAACUGUGGGUCUCGCUGCGUGCCAAGAGCCAGCGCUCCCCAGCAACGGCAUCAGGAUUGGAGACCGGUACCUGGUGAACGACGUGCUCUCCUUCCAGUGUGAGCCCGGGUACACCCUGCAGGGCCGCUCCCACAUUUCCUGCAUGCCAGGAACUGUUCGUAGGUGGAACUACCCGUCCCCGCUGUGCAUAGCCACCUGUGGAGGCACGCUGACCAGUCUGGGCGGAGUGAUCCUGAGCCCCGGCUUCCCCGGCUCCUACCCCAACAACCUGGACUGCACCUGGAAGAUCUCCCUGCCCAUCGGCUACGGUGCACACAUCCAAUUUCUGAAUUUCUCUACUGAAGCUAACCAUGACUACCUGGAAAUUCAAAAUGGACCUUACCACACCAGCCCAAUGAUUGGGCAGUUCAGUGGCACAGAUCUGCCCUUGGCUUUGCUGAGCACAACUCACGAGACCCUCAUCCGCUUUUAUAGUGACCAUUCACAAAACCGGCAAGGGUUUAAACUCACUUACCAAGCCUAUGAACUGCAGAACUGCCCGGACCCACCGCCUUUCCAGAACGGGUACAUGACCAACUCGGAUUACAGUGUGGGGCAGUCCAUAUCGUUUGAGUGCUACCCAGGGUACGUCCUCCUGGGCCACCCCGUCCUCACCUGUCAGCACGGCAUCAACAGAAACUGGAACCACCCCUUCCCACGAUGUGACGCUCCUUGCGGGUAUAACGUGACAUCCGAGAACGGCACCAUCUACUCCCCUGGCUUUCCGGACGAGUACCCGAUUCUGAAGGACUGCAUCUGGCUGAUCGCGGUCCCUCCGGGGCACGGGGUGUACAUCAACUUCACCCUGCUGCAGACGGAAGCUGUGAACGACUACAUUGCUGUCUGGGACGGUCCUGACCAGAAUGCACCGCAGCUGGGCGUCUUCAGCGGGAACACAGCCCUGGAAACUGCUCACAGCUCCACCAGCCAAGUCCUGCUCAAGUUCCACAGCGACUUUUCAAACGGAGGCUUCUUUGUCCUCAAUUUCCACGCGUUUCAGCUGAAGAAGUGCCCACCCCCACCGGCAGUCCCGCAGGCAGACAUGCUCACUGAGGACGAGGACUUUGAAAUAGGAGGUUUCGUGCGGUACCAGUGCCACCCUGGCUACACCUUGUCGGGCAGUGACAUGCUGACCUGCAAGCUCGGCUCCCAGCUGCAGUUUGAAGGCUCCCUCCCAACCUGUGAAGCACAGUGCCCAGCGAAUGAAGUCCGGACAGAAUCUUCUGGAGUGAUCCUCAGCCCAGGGUACCCAGGCAACUACUUCAACUCCCAGACAUGCUCCUGGAGCAUUAAGGUGGAGCCCAACUUUAACAUCACCAUCUUUGUGGACACGUUCCAAAGUGAGAAGCAGUUUGAUGCCCUGGAAGUAUUUGAUGGGCCGUCUGGGCAGAGCCCUCUGUUAGUGGUCUUGAGUGGGAACCAUACAGAGCCAACAAAUUUCACCAGCAGGAGCAACCAGUUGUACCUGCGCUGGUCCACCGACCACGCGACCAGCAAGAAGGGAUUCCGGAUUCGCUACACAGCCCCUUACUGCAGCCUGACCUCCACGCUGAAGAAUGGCGGUGUUUUAAACAGGACCUCGGGAGCUGUUGGAAGCAAAGUGCAUUACUUUUGCAAGCCUGGAUAUCGAAUGGUUGGCCACAGCAAUGCAACCUGCAGGCGUAACCCGGCUGGCAUGUAUCAGUGGGAUGCCCUCAUGCCCCUCUGCCAGGCGGUGUCCUGUGGCCUCCCAGAAUCCCCAGGGAACGGCUCCUUCACGGGCAGCGAGUUCACGCUGGACAGUAAAGUGGUGUACGAGUGCAACGAGGGCUUCCAGCUGGCCGCCGGACAGCCCGCCACCGCCGUGUGCCAGGAGGACGGGAUGUGGAGCAACCGCGGGAGGCCGCCGGCCUGUCAACCGGUGCCCUGCCCAAGCAUCGAAGCUCAGCUCUCAGAACACGUCCUCUGGAGGCUGGUUUCGGGGUCAUUGGACGAGUACGGGGCCCAGGUGCUGCUGAGCUGCAGCCCUGGCUACUACCUAGAGGGCCAGAGGCUGCUGCGAUGCCAAGCUAAUGGAACAUGGAGCAUAGGAGAAGAGAGGCCCAGCUGUAGAGUCAUCUCCUGCGGAAGCCUGUCCUUCCCCCCCAACGGGAACAAGAUCGGAACGCUGACGGCCUUCGGCGCCACGGCCAUCUUCACGUGCAACACGGGCUACACGCUGGUGGGCUCCCACGUCCGGGAGUGCCUGGCCAACGGCCUCUGGAGUGGGUCCGAAACGCGGUGUCUGGCUGGCCACUGUGGCUCCCCAGACCCGAUCGUGAACGGCCACAUCAGUGGGGACGGCUCCAGCUACAGGGACACGGUGGUGUACCAGUGCAAGCCUGGCUUCCGGCUGGUGGGCACUUCUGUUCGGAUAUGCCUGCAGGACCACAAGUGGUCGGGGCAGACCCCCGUUUGUGUCCCCAUCACCUGUGGACACCCGGGGAACCCCGCCCACGGGCUCACCAACGGCAGCGAGUUCAACCUGAAUGACCUGGUGAAUUUCACCUGCCACACGGGCUACUUGCUUCAGGGUGCGUCCCGGGCCCAGUGUCGGAGCAACGGCCAGUGGAGUAGCCCCCUGCCCACCUGCCGAGUGGUGAACUGUUCGGACCCAGGCUUCGUAGAGAACGCUGUUCGCCAGGGGCAGCAGAGCUUCCCAGAGAGCUUUGAGUAUGGAGAAAGCGUCCUGUACCAUUGCAAGAAGGGCUUCUACAUGCUGGGAUCUUCGGCCUUGACCUGCAUGGCCAACGGCUUGUGGGAUCGCUCUUUGCCCAAGUGUUUGGCCAUAUCUUGUGGGCACCCUGGGGUCCCUGCCAAUGCUGUCCUAACUGGAGAGCUGUUUACAUAUGGGGCCACCGUCCAGUACUCCUGCAAAGGGGGCCAGAGUCUCACAGGCAACAGCACCAGAGUUUGCCAAGAAGACAGUCACUGGAGUGGCAGCCUUCCACACUGCUCAGGAAGCACUCCUGGAUUUUGUGGAGACCCAGGGACGCCAGCCCAUGGGUCUCGCCUUGGGGAUGAAUUUAAAACGAAGAGUCUCCUGCGUUUCUCCUGUGAGAUGGGCCACCAGCUGAGGGGCUCCCCUGAGCGCACCUGCCUGCUCAACGGGUCAUGGUCAGGAGUGCAGCCCGUGUGUGAGGCCGUGUCCUGCGGGAAUCCCGGCACCCCCACCAAUGGCAUGAUCGUUAGCAGCGACGGUGUCCUGUUCUCCAGCUCGGUCAUCUACGCAUGCUGGGAGGGCUACCAGACCUCAGGGCUGACCACGCGGCACUGCACGGCCAACGGCACCUGGACAGGCGCGGCUCCCGACUGCACAAUUAUAAGCUGUGGCGAUCCAGGUUCACUGCCCAAUGGCGUCCAGUUUGGGUCUGAUUUCACCUUCAACAAGACAGUGACCUAUCAGUGCAAUCCUGGCUUCCUCAUGGAACCUGCCUCGUCAGCCACUAUUCAGUGCACCAAGGAUGGGGUGUGGAAUCAGAGCAAACCUGUCUGCAAAGCGGUCCUGUGCAGCCAGCCUCCGCCGGUGCCGCAUGGGAAGGUGGAGGGGACCGACUUCCGCUGGGGCUCCAGCAUCAGCUACAGCUGCGUGGACGGCUAUCAGCUCUCCCACUCGGCCAUCCUGUCCUGCGAAGGCCACGGGGUGUGGAAAGGAGAGGUCCCCCAGUGCCUGCCUGUGUUUUGUGGAGACCCUGGCACUCCUGCUGAGGGCCGGCUCAGUGGGAAGAGUUUCACCUACAAGUCCGAAGUCUUCUUCCAGUGCAAAUCUCCGUUCCUACUCGUGGGGUCCUCGAGAAGGAUCUGCCAAGCUGACGGCACGUGGAGUGGCAUACAGCCCACCUGCAUCGAUCCUGCACACAAUGCCUGUCCAGACCCUGGUACUCCACAUUUCGGAAUACAGAAUAGCUCCAGAGGAUAUGAGGUCGGGAGCACGGUGUUUUUCAGGUGCAGGAAGGGGUACCACAUUCAAGGCUCCACCACGCGGACCUGCCUUGCCAACCUGACGUGGAGCGGGCUGCAGACAGAGUGCAUACCUCACGCCUGCAGGCAGCCAGAAACCCCGGCGCACGCGGACGUGCGGGCCAUCGACCUUCCUGCUUUUGGCUACACCUUGGUGUACACCUGCCACGCGGGCUUCUUCCUUGCAGGUGGCUCUGAACAUAGGACGUGCAAGGCAGAUAUGAAGUGGACGGGGAAGUCACCUGUGUGUAAAAGUAAAGGAGUGAGAGAAGUUAAUGAAACAGUUACUAAAACUCCAGUUCCUUCGGAUGUGUUUUUCGUCAGUUCGGUGUGGAAGGGAUAUUAUGAAUAUUUAGGAAAAAGACAGCCUGCAACUCUAACCAUUGACUGGUUCAAUGCAACCAGCAGCAAGGUGAACGCGACCUUCACGGCAGCCUCGCAGGUGCAGCUGGAAUUGACAGGUGUUUACAAGAAGGAGGAGACCCACCUGCUCCUGAAAGCUUUCCACAUUAAAGGCCCCGGAGACAUUUUUGUGAGCAAGUUUGAAAACGACAACUGGGGUCUCGAUGGCUACGUGUCCUCAGGACUUGAACGGGGAGGAUUCACUUUCCAAGGUGACGUACACGGGAAGGACUUCGGGAAGUUCAAGCUGGAGCGACAAGAUCCCCUGGGCUCUGGUGAAGACCCCUCGAACCAGUACCAUGGCACCAGCAGCGGCUCUGUGGCAGCUGCCAUCCUGGUUCCUUUCUUCGCUCUCAUUUUAUCAGGGUUUGCAUUUUACCUCUACAAACACAGAACAAGACCGAAAGUUCAGUACAAUGGCUAUGCCGGGCACGAGAACAGCAAUGGACAGGCGUCGUUUGAAAACCCCAUGUACGACACAAACUUAAAGCCCACAGAAGCGAAGGCUGUGCGGUUCGACACCACUCUGAACACAGUUUGUACAGUGGUAUAG